CGCCGUCGGAGCAGGAGACCACUAGUAGCACUUUGUCGAGCACAAGCUCAAGCACAGCUUCGAGUACAACUAGCACUUCUUCGUCUUCAAGAACAUCGUCGUCGACAAGCACGACAUCUCGUACCACAACGGAAACGGAAAGUACAACAACC